GCUUGGCUCGCGGAGACCCCCUCUUCCACUCCGUCGCCCCCGCUUGGCAAGUAAGCAGAAGCUGUGGCCGAUGCGCUGUCUUGUGCGAUGUACUGUGCGACUUUCACUGUGACCGGUGAGUGAUUUCGGUGAGAGGCUGCACCGACCACUAAUCCGACGAGGGACUCAAACAGCUAACCGAUGAUCAUAGACUUCCGUAACCGCUCAAUGAAAUCGGAGCCGCCUGGCAGCGGGCGCCAGCCGAGUGGUCCCGUGCCAGGGGCCUGCGACAUGUCCAAAGCUUUACGAAACGGCGACAGAAGUGAAGCGGUGCUUCGACAAGUGAGUCUCGUCGCGGCAUUCCACGACCACAUCUCGUGCGCGAAGUCCGCGGAACUCCUCGAGCCCAUGCCGUGCGAGAGUGACCACUUGUACGCGCACUGUGGUGACGACGCGCCCGACGACACCGAGCAGGACAGACUGCGGGCCAUCGUCGUGCUGCAUACGGAUUUGAUACAGCACCAGCAGGAGCUGAUCGCGGAGCGAGACAGGCAGAUCGACGAGCUGCGCGUCCAGCGAGACGAGCUGCAAGAACGGCUGCGCCGCCUGCAGGCGUGCGUCGCGCAUGUCGCCUGUCAGACGGAGGAGGCGCUGCUCAACGUCGCGGCCCCGGCACCCCUGCUGGCCGAGCUGCUGCGGCCCGUGCCGGAACCACAGAGCAGCCCGGCGGAUUCGUCGUACGAACCCAUUGCCGAGGUCGCUCCUUGCGAGAGCGAAGAAGCGCCCGCGGAACGCGAAGAGGAGCAACCGGUGGCCUCGGAGCAGCGCCGCCACGCGCAAGUCCCGAAGGCCGCCGAGCCCUGCGACGACCUCGAGCAGCGGCCCCCCGCUGGCCGACCGGCAGCCGAGCCUGCCCGCACCGAGAGCGUCCAGCAGCAGGCCGAGGCUGCGCCGCCGCCCAGGGGACCCCCUCCGGCCGCCGAGGACGAGGAGCGCGCCCAGGAGGCGCCCGCCGAGGUGCCCGCUGCCCCCGUCCAGUCUUCGUCGCAGGAGGCCGCCGCACCGCCCGAGAGUCCGGCCAGGAAAGCCGCCCGCAAGAGGUCCGCCGCCACCAGGGACGAUGCCGGCCCAGUGUUAUGGAGUGAUCGGACCUACUCCACCUGCCUGCCCCCUCCGCCGCCGGAAGAGCCCAUCGAGGUCCCAACAUGGAGGGUGAACCACAUCACCAGUUUGUACUCCAUGGAAGGAACUGAGAACCUUGAUGAUGAGGUCUUCCGCAAGAGACAUGCCAAGCUGGAGGCAAACGAGAAGCGCAGGAAACGCUGGGACCUUCAGCUAUUGCGAGAGCAGCAGCACACCGAGCGCCUUCGCCGCCGGAUGGAACGCAGCGUGGAAAGGCCGCCAAGCUGCCCGCCCUCGUUCUGUGGCGAUCUCAAGCAUAUUGGAUACAUCGAGGUCGUGGAGAGUCUGCCAGUGGUGGCCUUUGGUCAGCCCAUACCCGAGCUGCAGCCUGCGGAGUUUUCAUUGCCAUGGGUGAAACACUCCUCCCGCCACGGCGAGUCCUCGACGGCAGGCGAGAGAAUGGCGGCGAAAAAGCAGCGUAAGAACAUGCAGCCAAAGGGACCGUGGCGAUAGCUGCAAGAAGCAAAAACAACGCUCCUGAACAUUCGCCACAAGGACUGCGGCGUGAGCUCUGCUCAGGACUGAGCCCCUGGGUACUGAGUGCCAGCUCCGACCGGGUGAUGGAAGACCCGUCACUGAGGCGCCACGACAGUCGCCGGUCUCGCUGCAGGACACGGUCGCCUGACCACGAAACUCUCAGCCCCGGGCCCUGCGCGCCACGAACAUCAUUGACGCGCAUGUGCGUUUCCCGCUGCCCGUGAGGAAAAAUGAAGUGGAGAGAGAGUGUGAACACAGUGGCAAUGCCACGCUAAAUAAAAACAGACCCACAUGCAUGUCUUGACGCGUGCCGACGCCGCUUCGUCUGGUGGGGAGGGGGGGUGAUAAAAGGCGAAAGAAAUGUCUCUGGAGACGCCAAGGUGCCAGAAAGCCUGAUCGGUUUGAUUCUGGCAUCUUGCGUUGUGUGUGUGUGGAUGUGCUGUGAUGGCAUGGUGCUCGCUGCAGUCGAGCUGCUCGAAGAUGCUUCCAGCAUCUCGGUUGCGCGAGCGUGAGCGGGUAGCCAAGAUGCUGGAACGUGAUGCUCGUUCCAGCACCUUUGUUUCUCGGUAUGUUACCUGGACAGAGUGAGUGGCUCGCCCGAACCAAGAUGUUGGAAUGCUGCCACUUCCUACAUCUUGGUUCAUGCGACCACGUUGCGAGUAUUUUGCAUGUGUCGCAGUCGCCGCUGCCUGCUUCGAUAAAUGUGAUGCAAGGACAGGAAACCAUUAUCAGUGCUUACAGUGACCAACAGCAGAGGCGUAGGGAUGCGAACGAAAUUCCAAGGCCUUAACUGUUGGCCAGCGUGAUAGAACUUUUGUGCAUGCUCUCCUUAAGCGAAGCAUGGUGCACCGUGUACAUAGUGAGUGUAAUCAGUGACGCACAUUGUACUUGGACGUGCAGAGCAGCUUGUGGUCCCUUAGUGUGCCAAUAAAUGGGAAUUAUUGUGAUUGCCCUUAUUGCGCAAACUCUGUGGUCACGGGUUUCUUGCCAGACUUGCAGACAACUUGCAGAUCCACUCUUGGUGGGGAGGUCGGACCGUGCCUGGUUUCAAGUGCUAGGUCGGGUGCUUUAUUUCAAAGGUAGAGGUAGGUGCCACGGGAACCCUGUCCAUUUGUUCCGUUGAGAUUGACUGCUGAUGCUCCAGUUUGUAGAGGUUGCACUCUUAAAAGCUGUACUCUCUUUUGGCCAUAACUUUGUUCCAUAACAAUGAGUCAACAGUCUCGUGUGCCUUUCUUUCGCAUAACGCUGCGUGCCCACUACGUGUAACGCCGUGGACGUCUCUGCGCGCUGUAGCGUUUCUGGCACGAAAGUAGCAGGCACAGAGUGUGAAGUACGCACACAAGAUUGGGGACGACUAUCGGUGUAGAGCAGGUGUCAACCCUGCAAAGUAUCGAUGUCACACCCUAGUGCCUUGCGUAGCAGGUUGGGAGAGAUUCACACCAUGCAUUUGACCACAGCAUAGUGUGUGUGCCUUCCCCCAUGGGCCCGUUCUCUGUUGGUUGAACUCUUUUGAAAAGUGUGCAGGCUAGAAAUGAGGACGCAAAGAAUAGGCUACUACCGUAUUUACUCGGCUGCAAUGCACCCCCGAAUCCAAUGCGCACCCAGUUUUCACGGGUUUAAAGAAAAUAUGGGCGCACCCGAAUGUGACAUGCCACCGAUUCAUAAAAGAAAAAUAUAGGAUGCCCUCCUCCACUUUCGCAAUCGGGAAAGACGAGAUGUACAGAAUUUAUUUUCACAGAUGGGAAUAUAUCUUUUUUUAGUGAGCUGUCAUAAUGAAAGUGGCACGUAAUUGCCAUUUGAACUUCAUUGGCCACAGAUGUCGAGCACACAGGGCUGGUAAUCUCGAGCUAUCACUUUAAAGACUGCUAUCACUUUCGCUAGACUGCAUUGAACCUGUUGAAGUAUGUGGCCGACAGCGUUCCUGGCACUGUGUGGAAAUAGCGUGUUUCGCACAGUGCAAGAAAUGCUAGCGGCCGAUUACACCGACCCAUCGGUGCCCACUCGCACGAAUAUGAUAGUAUCUACGGAAGUUAUUGGCCGAGGAUAUUGAUCUAGAUCAUAGCAGAACACAAAUGAAAUGGACAGUGGCAAUAAUGUGCUCACACCAUUUUGUUGUGGCACUGACACUGUGUUUGACAGCUCUGAUGGCAGGCUAUUGCCAAUGCUGCGAAUGUGGUUUUGGUUUCAUAACUGAUUGUGAUGUGCAGGCAGUUUUCGGACACAUUUUCUCUGAAGAAAGGUGCGUAUUAGAUUCGGGUAAAUAUGGUAUUAGAAGUCUAGAAGCAGAAUGCAUUGACUGACUAGUUGGUAUGUAUUCAUGGCUAACUUUAGUGAAAACAGGACGACCAUUCUUUUGUUGUCCUUUUGUGCCAAAGUUUAUUAUGAAGUCUGAAAGUGUUUGGCUGUACGUUAAUUUAAGCUAGCUUCGGGUGUGGGUAACAAGCUAGGUGCAAGUGAUUGUUGUCACUGUGACUGUUGAGCUUCACCACUGGGCCUCCUCGAUUAUCAGUCCCGGACUGUUCUAAACGCUGCAUACACAACACUCAUUGGCUGAAAUUGGCUCAUUGGGCAAUUUGGGAUUGUAAGGGAUGAAUAAUCGAAGAGGCCCAGUGUUGCAGCAUUUGCCAUCCUCAGCAUUUGCGUCCUAGCAAGGGGGUAAAAAAAUCCAUUGUCAGUCAGUUCAUUGACUCCUUUUAAACGCUGUCGGGGGAAACUUCAUGGAAUUUUCAAACUACUUACUGCUGAAUUCAAGCACAUAGCAGGCAGAUUCAGAUGUGUAUUACGUGCACUUUUAUUUUUGCCUGUAACUUAAAGACAACUAUUCCGAAAAUGGAGUACAACCCUACAUGCAAGUUUCAGUUGUCUGGACAGGAAACAAGGGGAAUGGAAAGUGUAAAACAGUGUGUGCGAAUACUCAAGGUCAACGGCAAAAUGUGAUGUGUGCUACUAGCCUGGUUUUUUUGCAGUAGUUGAAGCAAAGUAACUGGCACCUCGAUGGGCAGGGCUUGUUUUCAUCUGUACUGGUGCAAACUGAUAAUAUGGAUACAGAUUGGCAUCAAAAGGUUAAAGGCACCACUUCUUGGAGGAUAGCUUGGCAGCGUGGCUACUCAGUCGGUACGCAAUCGGUGAAAAAGUAAUCAAAAACAUUUCUAGAGCGCUUGGGGGGAAAAAGGAUGCACCUUAGAAGAAAACAGAAAGGAUGGUAAAACAGGAGGGGGUGCUGGGCUUGCAGCAUAUAUUCAAAGAUUAGAGUGGCAAGGACUUCCAGCAUCCUCUCUAUCCCGUCACCUCCUCUGUGUUUUUCUGAGGUCCUUUUUUUUUUUUCUGCACCAAGCGUUGGAAAUGUCUCGGAUGUCUCAAGUUCGAACUAGCCCAGCUUUCACCAUUAGAAGUGUUAAAGUAGAUGGAGCUUUCUGCUAACCUUGCAGCUUUUUAUGGCAUUUAAAAAAGAAUGCAUUUAGUGCCUCCUGAUUAUUGUGUUCCUUAUGCAGAGAGUCUGCAUUGCAGAGUUCACCCGUGCUACCACUAACCUGAGCAUGACGAAGGCUCAGACUGCACGCACUUUAGUUCAUUUGCAGAGCUGUUCACACAAUUGGACUACAUUCGCAUACUGUAGCUUUGCGACUACUAACUAUAUGACUUUGUCGUCCGUGGGUAUGACACCUUUGGUGUGGCUGAUGGGCACUUUUGUCUUUGAACAGUGUGGUUAAACGGAUGCGACGAAACUUUGGCAUCUUUUUAAAGCUUCUGCAAACACAACAGUGCCCAGUGAUAGUGAGGAAAGAUGUGAUGCUGCUCUUGCCACUAGUGAUUGUUUGACUGUGGCAGCUCAUUCAUGAUAAUAAAGAAGCACAAGAAGGCUGGAACAAUUGAAGAAGCAUGAGCUAGCAAAUUAAAGGCAACACAUCAAAGGGCAGGAAAGUGAAGUAGCAAACUCUUCCUUUCCCUCAACAAAGGCAGUUUCCAGGCUCGCAGAUAUGCGAGCAUUGCGUGCAGAACAGCUGAGGAAGCAAUGAACAAACCAUUCUCCAUGUCUGAGCAACACGGGGUGUAAAAGAGGUGCUGCAGUACAGGGUGGCAUUCUCGAGUGAUGACUCCCGGGGAAUUAUCACUUCUGCGAGAUUUCGUGUGACUUGACACAAUACACAUCAUUACAUACGGCCGACGUUGUUCCUGGCACUGAGCCAAGCUCGCCCUCUUCGGAGAGUGCCAGAAAUGUUGUUGGUCGUCCAGUGCCAAGUCACGCAAAAUCUGGUGAAAGCGAUCAUACUACCGAAGCGAUCAUUCAGUAAUAACACUGCCCCAAGGUUCUUGAUAAACCUCUCUUGCCCGUGUGAAAUCUCCCGUGUUUGCUCUGUGUCGUGGUUGAAGGUAUUAAUGGAGUCUGGUGCACCGCACACAAGACAGGUAGCUAGGGGCCCUGUAUUCAUCGAGUUAACAGAAUUCACUCUUGGGCUCGUUUGUUCAUACUAGACUCAGUAUUGCCAAGACACAGUUCCACAUCAAAGAAUAUUGGAACAACUUGUUCACCUUUAUUUCUGGCUAUAAAUAGUGCGCUUCUACAAAAAAUAAAACAAUGAAAUGUUAUUUGAGUCAGAACUUGCUUAGUCUAUAAUUAAAGUAUUAGUAAUUGGUUUGGUGAGCCUUUCACUGUUAAGCCUUCACUCCUGCAUAUAAAAAAAAUGCAACUGUGGAGCUUGCUUUAAGUUUCCUAUGCUUAACUUGGCAAAGAAGGAUAAAACAGUUGCGCAGAAAUAAACAAGGGCGAGAUGAGCACACAGGACAAGCAUCCAUCUGCCCAUCUGUGUACCUAUCUCGCCCUCGUUUAUUCUGCACUGCUGUUUCAUCCUCCUUCGUUGCAAUCGAACUCGCCCAGGAAAGUCUUCUGGCAAAUCAGCAUUUUUAAGCAUCAAGCGCAGCUGAGCAUGUAUGAUAUAUCGAGCACUGCAGGGUUAAAAAUAGUAACUAAUGUUAACACAAGGCAGCAGUCAUCCUGUCACCUUUCUUGUAUCUGUUGUGUUAAUACUGUGAUUAUUACUUUACGUAGUCGUUGAGUUAGGUGCACCCUUCAGCUAGGUCACACGUGGAAUCACAGUGGUGCUGGGAUGUGUGUGGCAGACGCUUGUCAUGCAGAAUGAUUGUUUCAAUAGGGCCUCUCACCUCAGUUGAUGCUAAGCUCUUGAUUGGCGCAUGCGUUGUAGGCCACUUAUUUGGACUAAUGGACACAUGCGACAACCAGGCCCCAAAGGUACUGACAACCAUGCAGAAAGUUAUUAAAAUGCAAAUGAAAUGUCAGGCUCUUUGAAUGCCCAGAAAUGUGUGGAUAGCCGCGGUUCAUGCGCUUGUUGGUCAUUACAUUGUGUCUCUGAUGAGGAAAUGAUCCUCUGAAAAUGUAAUGUGGGCAGCUGCUAGUACAUUCAGAGCAGACUGUGUUUGCGAGAUCUGCACACUUUACAUCAUACCCAGUGCCACAGUACGCUCAAAGCGCACGUCAACGCUUCAGACAAGGUGCAGACAUCCUUGUGAAUGGUCAUGCAACCUGAGAGGGGCACAGCGUGUCCUUGUUUUCUCCUUGUGUGGCUGGUUCCAUUUAGAAAGCAGCAGAAUAGUGUCGAGCUUGUUUCUUUAACUUCAGUAGGCCAGAUAGGCACCUUGCUUACUAAGGUCCCUGUGUACUUGAAAAGGCUGUGCAUUUUCCUCCUUUGAAUGUUAGCGUCAUUUUCAAGCACCUUUUCAAGCGUUUCCUUUUUUGGAUAAGUGCCAUUGCCAUCAUUGCUUUAGAAUCACGAAGUAGGUUCCAAAUUUAACCGUUUGUGCCCUUCUUUUGGCAAGUUUAUUUGUGAAAUGGAAGUAUCAAGUUGCUGAAAUACGCAUGAAGAUGGCAGCAACAGGAACGAUUUACGCUACUUUCAAUGUAUACAGGGACCUUGUUACAGAUGGUGCAGCACUGCCAUAUAGUAUUAGCUUGGCAGUGCAUAUUUGGCCUAGGAAAUAAAGGAAGCACAUUGUACAAUAAUGGGAGGAGCAAGGGAGAUUUAUGCAUUCUACUAACUUUGAAGGGACACUAAAGAUAAAAUUAUUUGAGGUAUAUACCAAACUAUACCAAACAAGCCAUUCUUGGCCUGAGAGGAGGAGGCAUGGUAAGCGAGAAAAGACUCGAAAACGAAAUACUUUUGGCAACACCGCCUCGAAGUUCUCGCACCAGCCUUGCCAUGGCUUCAUGGAUUUUGAUGGCAUUUGUUUGGGUUUAGUUAAUUUUUAUCUGUAAAGAUGAAUUGCACUCAUCUCGGAGCCAAAGUCUGAACUUGGCAAGAUUACAGAACUUUAACUGAGCCACCACUGGCCUGAAUAUGCGAAAGUACUUUCAAAUUCAUGACGUCGCACUGACAUACUGGUGCUUGGCUUAUGCUGCGACAUUCAAAAAUUAGAACACUGGCCUUCAUUCUCUCUUCUAUUAGUCAACCUAUUGCUGCAAAAUGAAUGAAAAUAGUUUUGCAAAACUACAUUUAUCAGGCUAUUCUAUUGAUGCAUUGCUUUAGUGUCCCUUUAACUGCUUGAAUAGUGCAUGAACAAUAGGAACUUGCCCCCCCCCCCCCCUCCCACCAGUGACUGCUCCUCAAUACGGACCAACACACAGCACGGAAAGGAGAGAGAGAAGUAAAUGUAGAAACAAAUCUGCGUUGAUGCCAUGACUUUCAUGUGCUGUGCCGAACCGUGUAAACAGUGGUGUGUAUGGUUUUUGUGCAAAUUGGCAAAAAAGCAAAGGGCGGGAAGAUGCGUGAAUAGUUGUGUAUCAAGCAGUGCUCAUGACUAGUCGUAGUUGGUCAUGCAUUUUCGCUCCUUUUGCUUUUUGCUUGGCUGCACAAAAACCAUAUGCAGCGGGUUGGUAUAGCACUUUUGGGACACUUCUAGCCCGACUUGCGGCCACAAAUUUCAUGUGUGCAACCUGUGUGAUAUUUUUAAGACGGACAUGCACAUGUUCAUUGUCAGUGCCAGCCUGUUGUCGGGAAGCAGGUUCUUAUCUUUCAUUGUUCCUGACAGUAGUGAUCUGCAUCAGGCAGAUUUGUGAAGUGAACUUGGCACUUACGAGCACACCAGAUGUGAAAUAGACAAUGUCAUUUCUGUACCACUAGUGUUUCUUAGAGUACUACAGUCGUGAAGCCCACAUUUGUGGGCCAAUUUCGCCAAAUCAUUCCAUAUCCUGAAUUUGUUCUGCUGGUAUGUUUUUAAUAGUGGUUUAGUAAUGAUUUGAAAAAAAAAAAAAAGAAAUCUUAAACUUCUUGAAAUCCGUAGGGGUGAGUGGAAGAACAUUGAUGCUGAAUGUUGCUGAAUUCUGUGUCAGGUACACAUGACUGUUGUGGCUAAACCACUGGCUUAUUCAGAAAGAAAUCACGGAGCAGCCCAUCUGUUUUAGAUGAAACACGGCAUGCAUCUAAAUUCAGUUACCAUGAAAGAUGGUGCCAUUAUUGCGUUCCCACAUUUCUACAUUUUCUUGCCUCAUCUCGCCACAGGUGGUACAUACUUGUGAUUUUUGUUGAAUGAAAAGGGCAUCCAAAGUGCAGAAAUGUGGCAUUGAACAGUGCCUGCUGCAUGAUGUCUCAUCUGCACAAAAUUUGAGCACAAAUGAGCCAGUGGUUUAUCUGGGAGUAAUGCAUAUCUGUUGCUUCUGUUUGAGCUAGCUUUGGCAGACGUCAAUGACUGAGCAACAAGAGCCAGUGCAAAUCAAUGCUCAAGGCAUUGCAAAACAUCGUCCCAAUGCACAAAUAAACAUGGAUGAGCACAGAUGGACAGCAAGAAUGCCAGAACACCGGAAUUAUUGUUGUCCUUCUCUGCUCGUCCUUAUUUAUUUGUGUGCUGGAACAAUGUUUCAUAAUGCUAUUCACAACCAACUGGCCCAGCUGUCAACGCUUAGCUCAAGGCAUACGCACUUAGUAGGAAUUUAGACUUGUGGAAAAAUGGAAGUUCCGGUUGAAGUCUUCCAAAUAAGCUCCAUUUGUGCAAUGCUUGACAGUUCAGUGGAACAUCGAUGCAUUUUGUAACAAUUUGAAGACAUAUUUCUAAAGUGGUGCUAACUUAAAAGAUUGCUGCUAAGUAGACAUAUGUUGAGCACCUGGCUGGCUUCAAUUCCACACUUGCAACAUUUGUCAUAUAGUAACUAAUGAAAUGUCUAAUAAGUUGAACAUGAAUAAUAAAUUGAUUACCACACAUUUACUGGCAUUUGCCACCGCUAGUAGUAUUGUGUUGCUGAAGGAAAAGUCAUCACUUUCACUAUGUUACGUUCAAAUUUUAAGAUCUUGCUCGUAUAUUUGGAGCACGUGGCAUAAUAAAUAAGCAAAUAAAAGAGACAUAUAAUUGAAAUAGGUGUACAUUAAAUACAGACUUUGUUUCCUCCAAAUGCAGCAACCUGGACGUACUGACAUUUCAAUACUUCAAUAACAGUUACAAUGAUGUAUCAAAAGUAACACUGUAUGCUCUGUCUUCACAGACUAAGCUGUUAAGACAGAUGCAAGGGUGAUUGCCAGAUUCUGCAUCGAGAUGUCCCACUCCUUCGAAGGAAUCCAAAGGAAUCUGGAUUUAUUGAAUAUGCUGUCGCACAGCGGCACCACUACUUUUUCUCUUUAGUUGAUUGCAAGGAAUGCUAUUGGCAAAAAUGCUACCGCAUGCAAGAAGAGUAAUAUGGAACGAAAUUGUUAUUCUUCUUUGUAAAUUGUUUGCACAUUUGUGAUCACUGCAGUUGAUUACCAUAGAUGUAAGUCAAUGUAAAUGGUGUAAACAUCCACCAUUUCAUACCUGUGCACUCGGAUGUGGAGUCGUGCGGCCGCUUCCGACAGCCUUGUGUGUAGUACACCUUGCGUUCGUGACCCUGCGCACGGGGCUGGGUGGCAGCACCUCGUCCGUGGGUCACAGGCGUCGUGCCGUGGCCGCUCGCCACGAUCAGGUGAAUGCGGCCCCGCAGUUACGCUCACUCCAGUGCUGCCACCAGUUCACUGUUGCGACUUUUUGUCCCUAGAGUAAGCGUACAGCGUGAUAAGCUUGUGUAACAGUCACAUGGUCGGUUUCAGUGACCACUGUAAUUAGGUCACUAAAAACAUGAAAAGCCCUAUUGGCUGUCUCGCACAAAUAGGAACAAAGGAGUCAUUUACAUAUGUGUGUUUCAGUGGCCCUUGGCUUCAAUGGUCAUUGAAAGUGAAUGCGUGACUGCUGUGUUAUUCCUUUAUGUUGUCAAAUCGCCACUUGGCACUGCCUGUUUGCAUACUUCAAGAACAUCCACUGGGUUGAAUAACGGGCAUUUCUGAUGGCUGUCUAUACCUCAUGACAGCAGUGCAUCAACCGUAUUUGGAUCCCUAACCAUUAUAUUCACGAACAACUUUCUGCGGCAAUGCAGGGAAAGCAGUGUAGUAGGUGCAGUGCAUCUGUGGCAACACUCCGGAAGAUAAUCCUACAGUCUCAUUCUCAUUUAUUCGAGCUGGGGAACAGGAAACAUAAGCAUACUGGUUACUACUGAACUCAUUGCAUAAUGUCUUAUAGCAGAUGCCUCUCGGUUAUAAAUUCGACUUUCAAGGUUUAGCUUGGCUCUUUCAUGCUUCGGCAAAUUCUAAAUGGUCAAUAAUAAUAAAAAAAAAAUCGCCAUUCAUGCGCCCACCCCUCAUGUAAAUCCCAUCUGGGGACCCUCGAGGUUCAAAAACACAAAAAACAAAACAAAAACAAGCUAUGGCAUAUAAACUGGAUGAGAAUGUGCUGUCAAACUCUGCUGGACUACUUGGCACACUAACAUACCUGCAGAAGUUCCACAGCCAUAGCUUUCCUAUCAUUGCCUCAAUAGGUUGUUUGCAAAUAUAUUUCUUUUACAGUGAUAAAAAAAUGUCCGCUGGUACCGCAGCAAAUGCCCUAGCUGGAACUACUGCAGAUCUUGAAGAAAUAGAUAAACAUGACUGAAGAAAAAGUAGUAAGCUUUUAUUUGAAAAGUGCAGUUGGCUGAAAUGAAAUCAAGCCACAAACCACGUUGUAAUAAAGUUCCAUUCAAUACAA